AUGCAACGAAAAGAAAGUAAAAAGGCCACGAUUCCAAAGAUGGUGGCUAGGGUCCUUCAGCAGAAUGAAGCCUUUGAUAAAUUAACUCAAUUUCUUUUUAUUAAACAAGGUUAGGAUAGAGUAAGAAGGACUAUUCUAGCUUUUUUGAUUGCGGAUUUUACAAAUUUAAUUCUGGUUUCAGGACAAUGGUAUGUAGGAUUUCAUUAGACGUUGAAGGAAUGGCUUGAGGAUUUGGAUAACAGAUUUAUAAAAGCUCAUUUGCACAUACUUUCAUUUAAAAACAGUGAUUUCUUAUAGUAAAGUUUUUUUGUGGAUAGUACCAAGAAAAAGAAAUUAUUUAGAUGGGAUAGAACCAUUAUAUCGGAAGUAAUGGGAGGAUUUCAUGGAAAAUGCAUUACAAUUGCUUUCAAAUAUAAUCAUAAAUACAGAAGUGAGUAUAAAUUUGAUGUCUUACCUUCGAAUUCAAAGAGGGUCAUCUGGAUUGCGAGAGAAUAGACUAAACAUAAUUUUGAAAGUGUCACUCAAGUAAUGAAUGUCUAGCCAAUUUUGAGUGGGGAUUGUGUGAAGAUAGCCAUAAACUUUUAUAACAAAUUGGGAUUCAUAGAUCCAGACACAAUCGAAUUUGAAGAGCCUUAGAUUGAAUAAUCGAAAGAGCGCAUUUGUCCAAUUUAAGGUUAAUUCUUUGAUUGGGUUGGUAUUGAUUAUGCAAAAUAGAGACCAUAAUUGCGUGAUUAUUAAAUUCAUCCACAUAUGCGUUUGAUCAAUUGUAGAUGUGCUGGAGUUGAUACUGUUGCAUAUUAAUUUGUUUAUGAGGCAUGUGAAAUAGGAUCGUUCAAAAAUGACCUUCUAGGAAUUCCUAUUGAAGUCGUACAACAAGGAUAGGAAGUAGUAACGGAAUUGAAGAAAGUAGGUCUCGUAAGUGAUAGAGAAUGCAAACUUCAAUUAAGAAAGCAAGAUUAAUUAAUAUUCUACUAAACAACUGGAGAUUGA